AGACUUGUAUUCCCUCCAGGUGCGGUCAACCAAGAAGUCCAUACUGAGCGCGUAAUAUUGAGCCUUAUUCUCCGUUACAAUACAGGUUAUUUCCAGGACUAUCGCAAAGUGACUCAUACAGGUAGAAACAACCGGAGUUACAUAGUCAAGUUGGCCAGAUAACCCACCUGUUGCGUCUCUGCGCACCUUUAUCUUUAAACAAUGUGAUGACGCGUCGGAGCUAUUCCAAUACAUCACAAACUGUUAAAUCACCGAAAAAUGUGGUUCGAAUGUGUAUUUCUGAUGGUUUUCUCCUUGUCCCAUUUUGCGGCAAGCCAACUAACCCUAGCGGGUCCAAAAUGCGGACAAAGGCAGUGCAAAAUGACGGAGUAUUGUUCCCCCACUGAUGGAACCUGUGCUCCCUGUUCGAUCGCUUGUAACAAAAGUAGCCAUAACUACGAAGAAAUAAUCUGCGAAAAUAAAUGUCAAGAUUAUUUACAUGAUUUACGAUAUGUCCCUAAAGACGGAAGCAGUGAUAACAGAGGUGACCUGAGAAAUACAGUCGACAGAUUGUCUCAGAUGGUGACAGUAACACUGACUCUCGUAUGUUUUAUGCUGGUAGUCUUGGCUAGCUUCCUAUGUUUUCAAUUCUACAGAUGGAAGGAUAAGAAAAAUAUCACUUUGGCUUCCUUGAAACAGAAGAUAUUGAAAAAAAAGUCAUCACCUCAAGACAAUAGUAAUGCUGCUAGAACUAAUAAUGCUCUUACCCUGGCUGAUGGUAAAAAGGGAGACUUGAGACUGGAGAUGCCCACACCUGUUUCUCAUUCAGACCAUAGUCCUGUAACAGUGACAACGUCUAUCAGUAGACGUCCAGCUGAAGAUAGUACGCUGGAUUACGCUUACGACAAUCCAGCAAUGACAUCAUCACGGUGAAAAGGAACGACAUCAAGAUUUCUUUCUUCCUUUUUACUUUCGAAUCGAAACCAUUCAUGCAACUCAAUAAUAGGUUCAAUUAUCAUAAUACAGGGUGUCCGGAAAAGCCAUGUUGUAAAAGAUA